UUCAAAUUUUUUGUUAUAAUUUAAAUUUAAUUGUGAUAAAUUAAUAAAAUAAUCAUGCCUAAAUUAGACAACAGUACACCUAUUGAAUUUAGCAAAUAUUUCCUAGCAAAAAAGACAUUUUACGGACCAGUAAAGAAAGAACCAGUAUGGGUAUAUUUGGAGAGAGAAAUGCAAGCGAAUAUUGACAAAAAACCUUACAAUAAGAAAGUUGGCGACUGGCUCAAGUUUUUGCGAGAUUUGAAACACUACUUUUAUCUUGAAAGUAAAGAGCAAGAGAGAAUACUGAAAAAGGAAAUUGGCCCAAAUUGGUACGUGGAAAUGUCAGGAUUUCAAAAAGAAGUUCUUAAGAAUUUAAUAAAGGAUAUCCACUACGACUUGAUCGAUAAUCUACCAACUCGGACUCGAAAAUCCCUAUCGGAUUUAGGCAUUAGCAGGAGCUUACACAAAUCUGUUUUGUUGAAAGCUAUGAAUGAAUCUGGGGCUGACGCGGCUGUAUUUAUUUGGAAGUUAUACACUGCUAUUUAUAAUAAAACGCCCAGUGUAUUUCGGCGAGAAUACGAUAUGGACGCAAUGAUUCUAAUGUCAGCGCUGACCUUUAUUGACUUAGAUGAAUGUGUAGAAAACUUAAAAGACUUAAUGAAGCCAGUGAAGGAAAGACCCAAGCCAGUGAAGAAGAAAGUGGUAAAAAAGGCCAGCAAGCAUACAGGCGAACAGUACGGUCUGUACUUAGAACGUAAUAUUGUACCUGUCUAUUGUAGACACCCCUCUCCGCAGCGAGGGGAGAGAGUUAAAAAGCCACCCCGUAUGGAGAGAAAAAUCACGCUCAGGAGCAACUCUGGCCAAGGCGUGGAUUAUAAUAAGAAGUUAAGCUUACUGCAACAGUCUGCUCAAGUUCUACAUACCACUCCAUUAAGUAACAUACAAUUUAAUGUAGGCACUGUUGCUCUAAUAAAGGGAAAGCUACGUUACGUUUUAAACAGUAUUGCUUUAUUACCGACUGGAUAUAUAGCUAUCAAUGGUGGAACAUGUAGAUUCUCCACUGGAGAAUAUAUGACAGUCAUUAAUGGAAAUUGGAAAUACCCAGUGGAGAAAGAAGAAAAAUGCGAUUAUACUUGUGACUGCAUACAUUGGGAAAAGGCCGUGAUGAAACAUUUAGAAGAAUCCAAAUGCAAGUGCGGUCACCUUUACGACUUCUACCAAGAAGGAAAAUCUAAGGAAAAAUACUUCUACCCGCCGACGAAAGAGUGGCCACUGUGGUUCGACGAAGCGAAAAUAUUCCAAAUGGAUCCGAUGGAGGAUUUUAUAAAGGAUACUGUUAGAUUAGCAGAAAGGUCGCAAGAGCCUACGCCAAUUCCGUCCCGGCCUGAAUUAUCGGCAGGUGGUCUAAAAACGAAGGCUUUACUACAGUCGUUCCUUGCCGAUUUAUCUGAAACCCCGCUCGUGAUACCGCACCUGCCGCAAGCGGAACUGCUCAACAACCUGCUAGAGCUCGUGAGAAGACGCUUCAACGGCGACCUCUCUCCGGAGGCUCACAAACUUUCAGUAGUCCGGUCGUCGCGGCGAUGGUUGUGGCUAAAGCACAUGGACUUUCGAGCGCGCGCGUACAUGAUACACUUCACAAAGAAAGAGCUUGAGAACAUUACUUGGGCGGACAGGCGAAAUCUCCAGUAUCUAUUUGAGACCCUGUUGCGCGAUUUCACAGCGCGGAAUAGAUUGCGCCAAUUGGAGCAGACACGCCUCUGGUGGCCCACGAUGAAGUUCGAUAGAUAUCCUAGCCAAACUUUCUUGGAUACAUACUUCGCAUACAUGCCGGGCAGAUCGAAAGAUACUUAUGUUUUCAACCCAUAUAAUGAUGAGCUCACUCCGAAAGAUAUCUACAAGACUUGCCCGCUUUCGUGA